AUGAAGCGCGAUCGGCGCGGGCGGUUCCUGGCGGCCCCGGGCAGCCCCCGGGCCCCCCCCGCUCCCCGCCGCGCCCCCGGCACCGCCGCCCGCGCCGCCGAGCCCGCCGCGCCCUCCGAGCCCCCCGCGGCCGCCGCCUGCGCCCCGGAGGCAGGAAUUAGCAGAGCCCUGAGCACCGGGUACUGUCGCCUGUGCCACGGGAAGUUCUCCUCCAGGAGCCUGCGCAAUGCCUUCGGGAAGGUGCCCGUGGUGGGGGAGAACUCGGAGAAGCAGCGGCGCGUGGACCAGGUGUUCUUCACUGACUUCCAGCGGCUGGUGGGGGUGGCGGUGCGGCAGGACCCGGCGCUGCCGCAGUUCGUCUGCAAGAAAUGCCAUGCCCAGUUCUACAAGUGCCGCAGCGUCCUCCGCACCUUCAUCCAGAGGGUGAACGCCUCGCCCACGGGCCACGCCAGGUCCAAAGGAAAGAGCAGCGCGGCCCCGGCACAGCCGGGCAUGGAAGGAGGUGCCUCCUGCCUGGUUGACCUGAUCACGUCCAGCCCGCAGUGCCUGCACAGCCUGGUGACGUGGGCACACGCCCAUGCCGGGAGCUGCCCCUCGGUGCCCGGCCUGCGCAGCGUCCUGUCCUCCGAGUACUGCGGCAUCAUCCGCGCCGUGUGGGGCUGCGGGGAUGGCCACGACUACAUCAUGGACACGGCCUCGGACUGCAGCACCGUGCUGGUGGACACCGCCCUGGCUGUCAAACGCGAGUGGAGCAAGGGCACGGCACAGCAGCACUUGACUGACAACGGCGCUGGGGCAGACAAUGCCGAGGUUGUUCCUGCUCCCAAAGCCCAGCAUGCUCCAGUAAGGACAGCUCCUUGCCAGCAGCCCGCAAACAAAGGGACCACGGCAGUGCCACUGGACGUGGAGGACGAGGCGCCGCAGGACAGGGACCUGUCUCACUCGGAGCUGGACAGCACGACCUCAGUGCAGGAGCAGGCCUUGCCACAGCCCGUGUCCCCGCUGAGCACUGCCACAGGACAGUUGAGUGGGAAGCAGGUUCUGUCUGCAACGUCGGAUGAGCGGGUAAAAGACGAGUUCAGUGACCUUUCUGAGGGGGACUUCCUGAGUGAUGAUGAAAGUGAGAAGAGAAACGUGCAAUCCUCAGAUGACUCCUUCGAGCCUUACCCCGACAAGAAGGUUUCUGGCAAGAAGAGUGACAGCAAAGAAACAAAGAAAGUGGAAGAACCCAAAAUAAGGAAGAAACCAGGGCCUAAGCCAGGCUGGAAGAAAAAAAUCAAAUGUGAACGGGAGGAGCUGCCCACCAUCUACAAGUGUCCUUACCAGGGCUGCACCGCUGUCUACAGAGGGGCUGAUGGCAUGAAGAAACACAUCAAGGAGCACCAUGAAGAGGUGCGGGAGAGGCCCUGUCCUCACCCAGGCUGCAACAAGGUGUUCAUGAUCGACAGGUACCUCCAGCGGCACGUCAAGCUCAUACACACAGAGGUACGGAACUAUAUCUGUGAUGAGUGUGGGCAGACCUUCAAACAACGCAAACACCUCUCGGUCCAUCAGAUGCGGCACUCGGGAGCGAAGCCCCUGCAGUGUGAGAUCUGUGGGUUCCAGUGCCGCCAGCGUGCAUCCCUCAAGUACCACAUGACCAAACACAAGGCUGAGGCGGAACUGGAGUUCGCCUGUGACCAGUGCGGGAAGCGCUUCGAGAAGGCCCACAACCUUAACGUCCACAUGUCCAUGGUGCACCCUCUGACCCAGACUCAGGACAAAGCCAAGCCACUGGAGCCAGAGCCCAUCCUCCUCCUCACUACUUCAGGGACUCCGGAGAGCCAGGUGGUGAAGCCAGAAGUGACUGUGCAGCAGGAACCCACCUGAGGGGGACGGGGCUCCAUUCCCAGCCCCAUAGAAACAGUACGGCAGAGUGGAGAUUUUAAAUCUACGUUUUAGUCUCCCAAAGAACUCCAUGGAAUUAGCUUCAGCUUGCUCAGAAAAGGCUUGUUCUCAUGCAGUGAUUUCCAUGCUCACGUCUGAUUCAGCAGUGUUGUACUAAGAGUGUCUAAUCCCAGGGGAAGGGACGUUGGCAGCACCCCCUUCGUGUCUCUGUCCCCACGCACACAUAGAAACCAAGUUGGUCACAACUGUUCCCUGCCUGCACAGAGGUGCCUUUGGGGCCUCGAGGGGGACAGAGGACAGUGGGACAACUUUAAGCAGACAUUUUGGUUUGGAAAAAAAAAACAAAAAACAAAAAAACCAACAUAAUUAUGAUUCCCAAAGCAAGUCUAAA